CAUGGAUGGAGAACAUGAGGAGCCUUUGCAUCAAAAAACACAGCCAUUGCUCAUCGGUCGGAAACUGCUCCAGCUCCGGGUGGCUUUUGUGUUGAAGAUGUUACGUGUGCGCAAGACACUCCUCCAGAGCUUCAUUGUGUUCUUCACCAUUGUCCUGCUUCUCUGGACUGCUGCCUUUUUAUACGGGAGCUUCUACUACUCCUUCAUCCCUGGAGCAACUUAUUCCACCCCUGUGCACUAUUACUACAGAACAGAUUGUGAAACUCCAGACACUUUUUGGUGCUCUUACCCAGUGGCCAACAUCUCUCUCAUGAAGAACAAUAAGCAUGUGUUAAAAGCCGGGCAGGCCUAUCGGAUCUCCCUACAGCUGGACAUGCCGGAUUCCCCAGUCAAUCACGAGCUAGGAAUGUUCAUGAUCAAGACAACCUUUUAUUCCAGGGACGGACAGGGCGUCACCUCCUCUGCUCUGUCUGCGAGACAGCUGCUGUCCACCUCCAGCGCUCGCUUUAGCAUGCUGCGUUAUCGGUCCCACCUGCUGAGGACCAUAGGAACUCUAAUGUUCCUCCCAGCACUACUGAGCGGUGUGGCUGAGGAGAAACAAGUGCUACAGGUGGAACUCUUCUCAGACUAUACUCCUGAUCCAUAUGGCACCACGGUUUGGGCCAUUAUUGAAAUCCCGGCCACGAAGGUGCAGAUCUACUCCUCUCAGCUCUACAUUCAUGCUCAGUACACUGGCAUACGAUAUUUGCUGUUCAACUUCCCUGUUUUAUCAGCCGUGGUGGGCGUAUCCAGCAACUUCAUCUUCCUCAGUGCGAUCUUCAUCUUCAGCUACACAAGACUGCUUUUAAAACAGCCACUUCAGCCCAGAUUAGACAGACUGUUACCAGAUCAGCAAGAGGAUGAAAAAGAUGCUGCUGCAGGAGCUGCAGAGCUGCUGACUCCGCUUCAGACAACCACAACAAAUCUGAUGUGCGAGCAGCUCCAUCUCCACGAUGCUGCAGAACAGUCAUGAAGAUGGGAGUGCAAUUAAUUACUGAAAAGGACUCAGAAAGUAGCUGUUCACACUUGAAGAACAGGCACUAUAUCCAUUGAUUGUGAAGAAAGAAUAGAUGGCCUUGAGGUCUUUGAGCAGUACGUCCCUGUCCUGUGUUUCAGCUUUAACAGCCUGGUGAUUUAUGGGUCCACCAUUUUUAAACCUUCCAAACAGAGCUCUCACUGUUACAGCAUUUUUAUUACUUUGUGUUUAUUAUUAUACUUACUAUUAUUAUAAUUAUUAUACACUUUUUUUUUUUUUUUUUAGAAUACCCGCGAUUAUUUCAAAGCUUUUCAGUGUGGCGCUAUUUCUCCAUCACUGGCUGGAAUAUUUGAAAUGCUGUCAACAUUUUUUUGCUGCUUGACCUAAGUGGAAAUCACAAUUAAAGCAUAUGGGGG